UUAAAAUGAUGAUUGUUGUCGUGGUGACAUUUGCUAUCUGCUGGCUGCCCUAUCAUAUUUACUUCAUCCUCACUGCAAUCUAUCAACAACUAAAUAGGUGGAAAUACAUCCAGCAGGUCUACCUGGCUAGUUUUUGGCUGGCAAUGAGUUCAACUAUGUACAACCCCAUUAUCUACUGCUGUCUGAAUAAGAGAUUUCGAGCUGGUUUCAAGAGAGCAUUUCGCUGGUGUCCUUUUAUCGAAGUUUCUAGCUAUGAUGAGCUGGAGCUCAAGACCACCAGGUUUCACCCAACCCGGCAAAGCAGCCUGUACACUGUGACCAGGAUGGAGUCUAUGACAGUGGUGUUUGACCCCAGUGAUGCAGACAACUCCAAAUCCAGUCAGAAGAAGAGAGUGAUGCCAAGAGACCCAAACUUCAACAGCAGCUCCCGCAGGAAUUCCAAAUCUGCCUCUACCACAUCAAGUUUCAUAAGUUCACCCUACACCUCUGUGGAUGAGUAUUCCUAAAUCCAUUUCCUGCUGUAAAAAGUAGUGUGAGGGCAUCAUGGUGACAGCACAGACCCCUAUUCUCCUAAUUCUUUGUUGGUCCUAGCCUACAUACCCUCUGAAAACAGAAGGGCAAUCUUUCGGCAGCUAGGCUUCAGUUGAGGAAAGGUAGAAUAUAAAUCUACUAAAAACACUAUUUAAAUACUUGCAUCCCCUAAAAAU